AUGAGGCUGAAUGAGAGCGGGACAAGAUCCUUCCAGGCUCCUGUCACCAUCCAUGCUUACCCCGGCAGGCAAGUGUACGUGUUUCCCAAUGGCCGAUCUGAUUCAGAAGAGUCGUCAGAGGAGGAGCUCAACGUUAUGGAAUUGCGACCGAGGGGCAAGGAGCAGCAGCGGUGCAGCACUUCUCGGGACAGAGUUGGAGAUGUGGUACUUCUGGAACGAGAGAUUACAGAGGACGAUAAUCUUAACAAGCUAGCCCUGCAAUAUGGUUGUAAAGUUGCAGAUAUCAAACGCGUCAACAACUUCAUCCGGGAGCAGGACUUGUACGCGCUGAAGUCCAUCAAGAUCCCCGUGAAGACGCACGGGCUGUUAACAGAGAACGGCGGAGAGCUGAGGCAGCUCCCAACGGCGUCCUGCCCGGCCGGCCGGCCGCUGGUGGACUUACCGGAGCCGGGCAACGGAGCAGAUGGCAGGUGCCUGAGUGACUACUUCAAGGGGAUCGACAAGAGCAUUCAGGACGCGGUGCAGGCAGAGGUCCAGCUGAACACAGAGUAUUGCAUGGACGCGCUGGAGAGGCCGCUGCUUGAGUCGGGGAAGCAGGAGACCAGUAAUGGUGCGGACUGUGGAAUCCAGUGGUGGAACGCAGUUUUUAUUAUGCUCCUGAUAGGAAUUGUCCUCCCAGUAUUUUAUAUCAUCUAUUUUAAAACACAAGGCCUGGUGGCCCAUACCUCCAACACAACACUAACCUCAAAUGUUUCCGCAGAUGGACUGGAAGGGAAAUUGCCACAAAGCUCAGGAGUAAAGGAAAAUCCUAAGGGGAGGAGGUGCCCAAACGCAGGCUCUGCUCCUGGCGCUGAAGCCCGCACGCCAGUGACUCAGACUCGAAAAAAAUACGGAUACUUUGUGGCUUAUAAAGAUCGUGGGGCAGCUGGCUUAACAUUUAUGAACUCUGUGGAGGGGAAGUAUUUUGUAGCAGUUUACUCAUCUUGGGUUGCUUCAGACCACGGCGGUGUUGGCAUACUUAGCCCUAAAAUGAUGGCUUCUGGGGUGCUGAGAGGUGUGCGCUGCGGCGUGAGGCUGCUGACAGCUCCUCACCUUUCCAGCCCUGUGGGCGGCUGUUUAAGCUCUGUGUAUUCUGACUCUUCAAGCCCACCUCGGGAAGGGUGA